GACCGUGCAGUCGGACAGUGUGGGCGUUCUGCCGCGAAGAUUCACGAGGUUUCUGAUAUCCGCCGAGCCGGAAAGCGAAGACGACACGACAGAGAGCGGCAUCUUCGAUCUUCAAGACGAGACGUUGUCAAGGUACUCCGAGACUUGUCCGAAUGCCGUGAUGGAGACUUCGAAGGUGGCUAAAGAAGAGAUUUCCGUGGCGUGGACCAGCCCUUCCGAAGGUAGCGGUUGCAUAUUUAUCAGGGCGACGAUAUUGGAGACGCCGGAUACAUGGUACAUGGACGAUCAGAACUUAGGGAUAAAGAUAUGUCAAGACUCGAAGGCCGAGGCGGACGACCAGGGACAGGUUCUGAAAAAGUGCUGCGCCUGCGACGAGGCCAAGUACGAAGUUACUUUCGAGGGACUUUGGUCUAGAAAUACUCAUCCAAAGGAUUUUCCUAGCAAAGGAUGGCUCAUUCGAUUCUCAGACGUGAUCGGAGCGUCUCAUACAGUAGAUUACAGGUUUUGGAAAUACAACGGUCUGGCCAGCACCGGUUUGCAACAACUGGCUGAACUUGGGUCUACUAGGAAAUUGGAGUCAGAAUUAAAAAAUCAAAGUAAAAAGAUCAGAACAAUAAUCAAAGCCAGGGGAAUCAGUUAUCCUAAUGUUACUGGGAAAACAUUUGCAGUUUUCCGUGUUGAUCGAAAACACCAUCUGAUGUCUUUGGUAUCCAUGAUUGAUCCUUCGCCGGAUUGGAUUGUCGGAGUUUCAGGGUUGGAAUUGUGUUUGGCUAAUUGCUCCUGGAUUGAGCACAAAGAACUCAAUUUAUAUCCUUACGAUGCGGGUACUGAUGAUGGGAUCACGUAUUUGUCACCGGAUUCGCCAACCGAGCCGCAGGAAUCCAUUCGCAGGAUAACUUCGAGCUACCCGAACGACUCGAGGUCUCCGUUCUACGAUCCCUCCGGCCUAGAUAUGAAACCGCUGGCCAGGCUUUACUUAAACCGGCAGAGGCUUUACGAGAAAGCCUGCGAGAAUACACCAGAAGACGCGGCAUCAUCCUCAGGAGCGUGCAAAAUGACACCGUGGGGUAGUUGGAGCGCUUGUUCGACAGCGUGUGGUCGUGGCAAUCAGCUCAGGCAAAGACAUUACGAGGACGAGGCGGCUACAACUGAGAACAAGUGCAACGUCUCGUUAAGCGAUAAGCGUCCGUGUUACGGGCAUCAGUGCAACGGCGAGCGAAAGCCAGAAAAGGGAUGUAGCGAGUCGGAGGUACUGCGCGAAUGGAGCGAGUGGACCCCGUGCUCGACGACCUGCGGCCCCGGAGUCAGCACCAGAUCAAGAUCUUUUAAGCACAAAAAGCAGACGAAACACUGCAGAUCCUCCUACAGCAAGGAGCAACUUCAACAAACCCGCGACUGCGAGAACACGGAGUGCGGUGAAACGAAUAGCGAAGAGGUAAGCGAGUCGCCUGACCGAAUGGACGAGAAUGAUAACAAUGAGGACAAUGAUAAGAAAGAAGAUUACGAGGAGGACGAACCAGCGUCGGAUGGAGUCGAGGAAUGGUCGCAAAAGUGCAUCGAAGAACGUUACAUGGAAUGGUCCCUGUGGUCACCGUGCAGUUCUAGCUGUGGUAGCGGUACCCAAACAAGAUUUAGAAUGACCCAUGAGGAUUGGCAUCAUGAUGAUGUAGAUCCCACGGAGUGCAAGCACGAAGCAGUUCCUUGUCAAGCCAAAAUUGCAACGUGUGACUUCACAAAAGAAGAAGCAGAAGAAUUUUGCAAGAAACCAAAGGAGGAAGGACGAUGCAACAGUAAUAUCAUCCGCUGGUAUUUCGAUAAAGAGAAGGGAUGUAAAUCGUUCAAGUAUUCCGGUUGCGACGGGAAUGAAAAUAAUUUCCCAACCGAGCAAGAUUGCAAGAAAGUUUGCAAUGAUUAUCAGAGAGAUUUAAGGACAAACUUGUCGACUAUGACGAAAAACUAUAAGGUCUCCCUCAGCAGCGUUCUCAGCUAUCACAUACCUGCACAGGGACAACGCACUACGAAGACAAAGCGAGCACACUACGAGAAAUUGAAAUUUAAAGGCAUCGAGGCAGACAGUCAAAUGAAAUCAUCUUAUAAUGCGGAAGAUGUUGACUGUCAGGUAUCCGAAUGGAGUAGUUGGUCCAAAUGUGCGGGAUGUCGUGGAUAUAAAAACAGUACAAGAGAAAUCAAGGUACCACAUAGGGGUAAAGGUAAACGGUGUCCGACAAAAUUAUAUCGUAAAAGAAAAUGUCGUAAGGAUCCGUCAUGUUCCUUGCAAGCUGAUGAACCAAGACGACGUAUAUAUCGUGAUCAAAGAUUUGAUAUAGAAGAAAAUCAAAUUGACUGUGAAAUAACACAGUGGUCUAAAUGGUCAUAUUGCACAGCCACUUGUGGAGAAGCAUCACAGCACAGAACAAGAAUAGUCAAAGUUCAACCCCUUGGUCCAAAAAGUAAACUUUGCCCUUCUCUGGUAGAGUACAGAAAAUGUCGUACAAGGAGAUGUCCAUAAUAAGAUGUCCAUUCAUAUCUUUUACAUAUCCAUUUUUUUAUUUUACUUCCUUGUCUUUAUUAUAUUUAAAUGAAAUUUUAUUUAUGUAUCAUUAAAUCAAGCACAGUAGUGAUUCAGCGAGAAAUACAAUAGAAUUUUACAAUUAUAAUACAUGAUAAAAUAUUACAAUCUCCUGAAAUGACGUAUUUUCCAAAACUUUUCGAAUAUUACAAAUAAAAAAUGACAAUCAAUAUCUGUUAGGUAUCAUCUAAUUAUAAUACAAUAUACAAUAUUAGCUUCGAAGAUGCUUGAUGCACUGAUACAUAAUAUCUUGGAAUUUAAUUUUUUCUUUAAUUAUUUUAUUCGCAAAAUUUGAAACUAAGAAA